AUGGGAGGAUUACCUAGGUGUGCUCUUAAAAUUGAUCUUAUGAAAGCAUAUGAUUUUGUUCGUUGGGAUUUUCUCUUUGCAGUUUUAAGGGUGAUUGGUUUUCCCGAGAGAGUUGUUAGGUGGAUUAUUGAGUGUGUCACUACCACUCGUUUUUCGAUUUUCAUUAAUGGGGAGCUGCAUGGUUUCUUUGCUGGUGGGCGAGGUUUGAGGUGUGAGAAGGAGAAGAUCACCCACUUGUGUUUUGCUGAUGAUCUUAUGGUCUUUUGUAGGGCUGAGGUUGGUUCUGUUUCUCUCAUUGGAGAAUGCCUUAAUCGAUUCAAAGCUCUUUCUGGACUUAUUCCUAAUCCAGAUAAGAGUAAUCUAUUUGCCAGUGGUGUUUCUUUAUAUCUUAAGGAUCAGUUGCUUGAUGUCUUGGGGUAUAAGGAGGGCGUGCUACCAGUACGUUAUCUUGGUGUUCCACUUAUCUCUACCAAAUUGAGGGCUUUGGAUUGUAAGAUAUUGAUGGAUCGUAUUAUAGUUAGGGCUAAGAGUUGGACUUGUCGAGCACUCUCCUAUGCAGGCAGGUUACAACUUAUUAAGUCAGUAUUAUUUUCUAUUCAGGUCUAUAAGUCCUCUGUAUUUCUUUUACCUAAGGUUGUGAUCAAGCAAGUGGAAAAUUCACUACGGGUCUUCUUGUGGAAGGGUAGUAACCUUGGCACCAGUGGGGCUAAAAUGGCUUGA